AUGAGCCGGCAGUGCUUCAGUUCCCGGUCCCUUAAUGGAAGACGGCCAUCAUCUGGCUCGGCCAUCAGCAGUGGAUUUAGGGGUGGCAACAGUCUGUCUUCCAUCUGCUACACCGGAGCAGGCAGAUGUGGUGGCUACAGCAGCAUAAGCCACUAUAAUAUUGGCCGUAGCAGAAGACUUUCUGGAGGAAGCCUUGGUGGAUACGGAGGAAGUUCUGGUGGAUACAGUGCAGGCUUUAGGGACUUCAGUGGUUUGGGCUAUGGUCCUGGGCCACUGGGCUAUGGUUUUGGGCAUGUAGGUUAUGGUGCUGGCAUUGGCAGGCCUGGAGGCUUCAGUAGUCGAAGUGCAGGGGCCUAUGGCACAGCUGGAGGAGUCGGCAGCCAAAGCCUUGGAGGCUACGGUGGCGAUGGAAGUGGUAGCUACAGAUAUGGUGGCUUCAGCAGCCGAAGUUUUGGUGGUGUUUGUGGCAGAGGCUAUAGGACAGUUGGCUUUGGCAGCCCGAGUCUGGGUGGUGGUGUGUAUGGCAGCAGAAGCAUUAUUUGUGGCCGUCCUGUUUGUGGGGGAUUGGGCUAUGAGCCCAUUGGCCGUUUUGGUGACAGCAGGGGGAUCCAGUCGGUCAGGGUCAAUACAAACCUCUUGAGGCCCCUUUGCAUACAGGUUGAUCCAGAGAUCUCUAGAGUGAAGGUGGAGGAGCGAGAGCAAAUCAAAUGCCUCAAUGACAAGUUUGCCUGCUUCAUCGAUAAGGUGAGGCACUUGGAGCAGCAAAACAAACUUUUGGAAACCAAAUGGAAUUGCCUGCAGCAACAGGGGCCUGUUGAGAAGAAAACCAUUGACCACCUGUUUGAGAACUACAUCGCAACCCUGAGGAGGCAGCUGGAUCUUUUGCUGAAUGAGCGGGAGCAGCUGCAAUGUGAGCAAGCUAAAUUCCAGGAUGUGGUUGAAGAGUACAAAUGCAGGUAUGAAGAAGAAAUCAACCGGCGUAUGGCUGCGGAAAAUGAAUUUGUGUUGCUGAAAAAGGAUGUAGACUGUGCUUACACCGGCAAAGUGGAGCUGGAGGUGAAAGUGGAAGCUCUAAGACAGGAGCUGGAGUUCCUCAGAUGUGUCCAUGAAGCAGAAAUAGAAAGCUUACAGACAACAACAGCUGACACCAAUGUUGUUGUGUCUAUGGACAACAACCGAGAACUAGACAUGGAGGGGAUCAUUAACUCUUUCAAAGAUCUACAGUCCACCUAUGGGCAUCACUGUGACGCUUUGGCUAAGGGCCGCCAUGAAAUCCAGGACCUGACUCGCCUUAUCCAGCGACUCAAGGCUGAUAUGGAAAAUGCCAAGAAACAGAUUGAUGUACUACAGACAGCUAUUGCUGACAAUGAACAGCGUGGCGACUGUGCCCUGAAGGAUGCCAAGGCAAAACUUGCGGAGGUGGAGAAUGCCCUGCAGUGCUCUAAGGAUGAACUUGCCCGCCUGCUAAGGGAUUACCAGGAUUUGCUAAAUGUCAAGAUGGCUUUGGACAUCGAGAUUGCUAUGUACAGGUCACUUCUGGAAGGAGAAGAGAGCAGGAUAUGUAGUUCUACUCCACUGUGUUGGGUUGCUCCAACAUCUCUCCAGGCGGUGGAGCUGCAUAUGGUGGUACCUUGGGAGGAGGUGGUGGAUUUGGAAGGAGAUGUGUCUAUGGACUUGGAUCAGAAGGACAAAGUGCCAGCGGCGGUGGAGGAUUCAGUUCCAGAAGCGGAAGGCUGA